UCAGGAUGCGCUCUCUUGUGCGGACACCGGGAGCUCUGCCUGCGUGGAAAGCGGCGGUUUUCCUCCUGAACAUAAUCUCAGCUGCUGUGGCCAAAAGACACAUUGUAUAUUGGAAUUCAACAAACACAAGGUUAACAGCAGGAGAUCUGUCCAUCCAGGUGAAUCUGAACGACUACCUGGACAUUUACUGCCCACACUAUCCUGACAAGGGGACCCCGGGCCCCGAGCCACCAGAGACGCUGGCCCUCUACUUGGUGGGAGAGGCCUCUUUCCAGGGUUGUGUGGAGACCAGAGGGGCCAUCAAGAGGUGGGAGUGUAACACCCCCUACGCCCCCUUUGGACCAGUGCGCUUCUCUGAAAAGAUCCAAAGGUUCACCCCCUUCUCGCUGGGGUUUGAGUUUCUGCCAGGCCACCACUACUACUACAGCUCUCUACCCACAGAUGAAGGCCCUCCGCUGCCAUGUAUGAAGUUGCGUGUCACCGUGUGCUGCGAGCCCACAUCAGAAGGUUCAAAACAAAUACAAGUAACUGUGUCUCGAAGUAGUGUUUGCUUACUGAGGACAGCUUCACCUACACUCCUCCUCACCCUCGUAUUCAUCCUGCUGCUGACUACCUGACUUCCACUUCCUUCCUCGCGGCUGACCUCGCAACCCGUUCUCCGUCAGAUCAGGAGAUGUUACUCAGACGUUCAAGUACACAAUGCAAUCUACGCUCAGACAGUGAAUGACACAAUGCAAUCUAUGCUAAGCUAUCGCAAAUGACACAUAUUACCUUGUGGCUGUUUAUCUGUGAAAUUCCUGAAAGAAUCAGGUGUCUUUUCCAGAACAGUGACUCAGGGACCGAGAUGCCGAAUAACAGUGAUUCGUUUCUUGUUAUUUUCCUCUCCCAGUUGUAGAAUAUUACACACAGAGCUAGUCAUAAGACCCUUUUCCAACUUUGAUGUCAGAAGAACAGUCCAUCGGGCCAAAGUUUCUCUCUUUCACAUCUGUUUCUCAUUUUCUGCAUACUGUGUUGGACUAACUUCUUUUUGAGAACCUGCCUACAAUUUAAGAGUGGCCAAAUGAACACAUACUACUGUACUGAGUGGCUCAAAUCAGAGGCUUUCUGCUCGCUUCUUUUAGUUUUUAUGGGCAGACUCAAAUGGUUGACACAUUUUAAACUGCCUUAUUUGCAUGUCAGUAAGAAAGCUGUGUCAAACCUUUGUACAUAAUCAGAUUUUGGCAUUUUAGGAGGAAGCAGGGAAUAUUCUGGAAUAGUCAGACAGGGGUGCUGCGCCCCCUACUGGGAUUAAACUGGUUUAACUGGAGUUGGACUGGGUUGACCAUAGGCUCAGAAACUGGACAUUACAUUUUGGUGCUGUAUGGUAAUGAUGGGACCUGGGACUGAGUUUGUCCUCUCUGAUGGAUCCCCUGCUGUUCUGCCUCUCCACCUUCCGCCUGUUCCAGAAUAAAGCACAGAACAGAGGGGUUUAUGGGUAAAUCACCUCGUCUCGCUCCGCUGUACACUCUGAGGAGGCUGAUUGGUCGACGCUCCUGUUGAUCAACCAGAUGUGCAGACCAGAUUUUUGUUCUUUUUGUUGUUGUUGUUUUUCUUUAUGCGGGAUCUCUGAGUUUAGGUAUUACUCUAUAGUUAAUAUAUUCUGCAAAAUGAAAUAUUAACAACAUCAUUCAAUGUUUUGAUGAGAAAUGAUUAAAAUAUUUAAGUGCACAAUUAAAAAAAAAAAAACAUUUUUGCAGACACAAACAAUGAUUUAAAUUAUGGAUACUUAUGCAUAUACU